UCUGUUCUGUCAAGUCAUACUGUCAAGUGUCGAGUCCAACCUAAAAAAUAAAUUUUAUUAUUUUAUAUUGAUAUUGAAGAUAUACUUAAUGAACAUAUUACUUAAGUUUAACGUUUAAAUGUAGUGUUAGUGUAACUGACGGUUUAAUACGGAGUUUUAAACUGAAAUCAUCAAGAUGGAAGUGGAUGAAAAUGACACUGUUAUCGGUGAGAAUGGCGACGUGUUUGUCCACCGCUUGAAGGAGUUAUCCGAGGAAGAGAAAACCAGGUUAGACGCUCAAAAUAACAGACUUAUUCCCGAAGCUAAAGCCGCCAAACUUGAGCGCGAAGCCAAACGCCACUGGGAUAUUUUCUACAAAAGAAACGAGACCAAAUUCUUCAAAGACCGUCACUGGACCACGCGUGAAUUUCAAGAGCUGAUAAACUUCGAUGCCGACCAGCGCAUCGUGUACCUAGAACUAGGAUGCGGCGUCGGCAACAUGGUAUUUCCGCUAGUCCAAGAAGGGUUUACCAACUUUUAUUUCUACGCGUGUGAUUUUUCGCCGCGUGCAGUCGAGUUUGUCAAAGCCAACAAGCUCUACGAUGAGAGUAGGAUGAAGGCUUUUUGCGCCGACGUGACGAGCGAGGAUAUAUUUGAACACGUGGCGGAGAACAGCGUGGAUUUGGCUAGUCUUAUAUUCGUGUUGUCGGCCAUUCAGCCGGCGGCUUGGCCUCUGGCUGCUCGGACCGCCUUCCGCGCGCUGAAGCCAGGCGGGAUCCUGCUGUUCAGAGACUACGGUCGCUACGACAUGGCCCAGCUCAGGUUUAAGCCGGGACACAAAAUUGCUGACAAUUAUUACAUGAGGCAAGAUGGCACAAGAAGCUACUACUUCAGUGAGGAUGAACUCGCUAAACUUUUUGUGGAUGCGGGCUUUGAGAUACUCAUGAACACAUAUGUGCAGCGCCGCACUGUCAACUUCAAAGAAGGCAUUGAUGUCCCAAGGAUCUUUGUGCAAGGGAAAUACAGAAAACCCACUUUGGAUGGGUAAACUAUAGGCGGGAUUUAUGACAUCAAAAGGAAUAAUUACUGAUGAAACAAGAUUAACUGUAUGGCAGUAGCUGACACUCAAAAUGAUUCCUGAUGAACUGUUUGGAAACAGAUGAUAUCAUACGACAAAAGAAUGCUGCGACAACAGAAGUGCUGUUUGAUGCCCUUUACAAGGAGCUGAUACGAAAUUUGCUACAUGUCCUGUAUGCCACUGUACAACUCACAUACGCAAGCAAACACUGUUGGAUAUCCUAUCUAUGUAAAAUGCCUGCCGUAAUCCAUCCAGGCUUCUAUACAGCAGUCUCCAAUAUUGUGGUCCAUGGUCCUAAAGACUGCCAGUGCCAGGGGACUGGAAAGACUUAUAGUGUAGGUGAGCUGAGAUGAUUUGAGCUGCUCCAUCGGACUUUCAUGCCUCCACCGAUAAAAAUUGUCCUGAACAAGCUCGACAAAAAUCCAUGAAAGUCAUUAUGUGACAGGACAGUAUUUCAUUCGCGGAAGCCGAUGCUCGACUUCCUAAGAGCAAAAAAUUAUUUGCUGAAGAGCUCUUGGAUGAUACUGCAAACUGCAACUUAUGUGUGCUUGCUGCAUUACUUCAACCAAGACUCAAACUUGGCCUAAGUUCCUUAGGUUCUACGAGGUUUUAGCAACGGUAACCUCGGUCAUGGCAAGGGCACCCCAACGAAGCCCAAGUAACCGUCAGCUGUCGCCGUAGCCGCAUCGGCAUGGCUCAUGAUCAUCAAGAGAUGUCAAAGCCAGAGUGCCAUUGGAUGGAUGCAGAGAUCAUACUAGAGACGCUAGUCCAGUUCUUGGAUUGUGAUGUCACGUGAAACUCUCCAGUGAACAGCUCCAGGCGUAGCAGUACAAGUUCAGUUACAGUCAUUUGAAGAUCAAGGAGUCGUAGGCGUGAGGAUCGCAUAUAAUGGUGUGAAAUAUGUUCAAGAAGUUAGGCUAGAAAAGGUACAGUCGGGCCAUCGUCACACCAUAAAAUUUAAAGUGCUGAUAUACAGAAACAUGGAUGAACAUACAGUUAAAAAUAAAAAAUAUUCUUACCUUAAACAUAACCUUUAUAAUU